AUGGGGUCCGUCGGGGCGCUGGAGCUGCUCCUGUGCCUGCAGCUCUGUGGGGGCUCCGGGCAGCUGCGGCUGGUGGGCGGCGGCGGGCGCUGUGCCGGACGCGUGGAGGUGAAUCACAGCGGUGAGUGGGGCUCUGUCUGCGUCUUCGAGUUCGACUGGGAGGCCCGCUGGGCCACCGUGGUGUGCCGGCAGCUGGGCUGUGGCUCGGCGAUCGGUGCCUACGCUGCCCGCGACCGCUUUGGUGCAGGGGCCGGGCCCAUCAACCUGGCCGUGGUGGACUGCAAGGGGGAUGAGGCCACACUCUGGGACUGCGAGAUCCGUGGCUGGGGACCCUACAACGGUAGCCAUGACUUUGACACUGCCGUCGUCUGCCAAGGGUUUUCCCGGCUGGUCGGGCGUGAUGGAGCCUGUGCUGGGCAGUUGGAGGUGUGGCAGCACCAGGCCUGGGUUGGCAUGUGUGCGGAGCACGUGGACAUGAAGGGCCCAGGUGGUGUGCCGGGAGCGGCCCAGGUGGUGUGCCGGGAGCUGGGCUGUGGCACAGCGCUCGCCAUCCCCGGCAGCGGCCGGUUUGGGGCAGGAAUGGGGCUGCUCUGGGAGGGAGGAUUCACCUGCACCGGCAACGAGACCCUCCUCAGCACCUGCGCCCAACAGGUGCCCCACAGCCAGGGCUGCGCUGGCCACGCCACCAUCAUCUGCUCCCCCUACACGGGCUUCCGGCUGGGGAGCAGCAGCUCGGGCUGUGCCGGGCGUGUGGAGGUGGCGGUGAGGGGCACGUGGGGGUCCGUCUGUGCCACCGACUGGGACCUGCCCGAUGCCGAAGUCUUGUGCCUCCACCUGGGCUGUGGCCAUGCUGUCACCGUGCCCCCGGGAGGCUCCUUCGGCAGUGGGGACGGGCCGCUGAGGCCGGACGCCUUUGGCUGCAGCGGGAGCGAGCGGCACCCGGGGGAGUGCCCCGUGGCGGUGCUGGGGGAGCCCCCCUGCACCCCGGGGAACGCCGCCGCCGUCAACUGCUCAGGCGUCGUCAACUCCCUGCAGCUGGUGGAGGGUGAGAGCCGGUGCGACGGGAGGCUGGAGGAGGCCAUAACCACUCCGACCUGGCGCCGUGUGCCUGUGGAGCAGUGGAAGACAUGGGAUGUCUACAUGGUAUGUUCUGUGCUGUAUUGUGGCCUGCCAAGUGACGUCUACUCAGCCUUGCGUAUGGCACCCACUGCACUGACCAGCAGCUCCAGGGAGGUGGAUGUCAUGGUGAAGGAGAUGGAUGACAUGUCGGGGAAGGGACCACACAACACGAACAACUCCAUCUGCCACUUCACUCAGGACGGGGGAUCGUGCCUGUGUCCCAGACUGCUCCGGGGAUCUGAGAGCCUUCCCGAGAACAUCUCGGUGCUGGCGUGA